UUAGAUACGAAACAAUGGUAUAAACCGCCUAUACAAGGCAAUCCUAAUGUUGGACGAUUUGCUCAUUCGGCCACUGUGAUCGGGUCAAAAAUGUAUAUUUUUGGUGGACAAUCUGAUGGAUAUUUCCUGAACGAUCUAUUCGCAUUUGACCUACAAUCUCUUAAUUAUGGUGUAGCUCAAUGGGAAUUUAUUACUCCAUUAAACGAUCCUCCAGCAGGCAGAUCAGGUCAAACAAUAUGCGCGUAUAACGAUAAAAUUUACAUCUUUGGCGGUACUGAUGGAGAUAAAUACUAUAAUGAUACAUGGCAGUAUGAUAUACAAACCAAUGCAUGGAGUGAAUUAUCAUGUAUAGGUUAUAUUCCGGCUCCAAGAAAAAACCAUGUUUGUGAACGUUAA